AUGGCCGGGGACAGCACUGGGGUGUGUGACGUCGAAUGGCAGGCGAUACCAGCAGCUAACCGCCGGUCGUUGUCACAGGACAGCCAAGACAUGGAGAACACGCCGGACUUCGGAGACCAUGUGGAUGACCAGAUCUUCUCCCAGAUCCUGGAGAUGGACGAAGAUCAAUCAGACCGCGACUUCAGUGCCCCUCUUGUUUUCGGCUUCUUUGAGCAAGCACACGAGACUUUUGAGAAGAUGCAGGAUGCUUUGAGUGCCAACGAUCUGUCAACGCUCUCGGGGCUUGGCCACUUUCUGAAGGGAUCCGCAGCGACGCUUGGGUUCAACAAGAUCAGGGACAGCUGUCAGGUCAUCCAGCAAUACGGGCACAAGCUGAACGUGGACGGGACCAGUGAGCCAGACGAGAAGGUGUGUCUCAAAAAGAUCUCGGAGGCUCUCGAGACGGUGGAGGUCGACACGAAGGAGUUGGAGAAGAUAAUGAACGGGUUCUUCAAGAAGGAGUGA